GAGGGAGGUUACAGUUUGGCGCACAGGUCACCAUUCUUUCAGGAUUUCUUUAGGACGCACGUGUGUUAUGUGCGUUUGUGCGUGAUGUGUUCCAGUACGUUUUGUGUUAGUCGGUUGGCAUUUAUUUCCGAGGUUUCUACUUAGCUUUUUUCGUCUUCUAAGUCUAAGUUCGGAGUGUGGUGCUCGAGUUUUGAGGAGUUUUUUUUCUCUUCUUCAUUUUGCGUCGUUCGACUCAGGACCUGGGAGGCGAGAACACAAAUCCCUGACUGGUGUAAGCCCUCGUGACAUCUGUGCAGCAAUCACAAAGAAGAACUGACCCCUUGACCACUGGCUCACUCGUCCACAGGAUAAACCGCACUGAUUGUAUCGCUCGUCUUUUGUCUGUCACGGCAUUCUUUAACAUGCUGGAAUGAGUGUUGGGGAUAACAGCUCUUGACAAGACGCUAGUUUCCGAGGCUGAUAGAUCGGAUUUGUGGUUAUGUUUUUGUUCCUUCAUUUAAGACUACGGAUAUCAACGGAUUUCGUUAUUCCGAGACUCAACCGUUUGAUGAAAUAAAUCGCAGUGCAAAUUGUUAGUGAAGCAAGUCUAAAAUAAAGUGUUGGGCCUCAACCUGCUGUUGAGUUAAAUAAAGUCUAAGAGCAAAGUGUUUGUGAAAUAAGUCUUAGAGAAAAGUGUUUGUGAAAUAGUCUAAGAACAGCGUGUUGGUGAAAUAUGUUUAAGAGAAAAGUAUGGCAGUAAUCAGCGUGGUAGUCAACGCAAAAGUGAGACUAAGUUCCCCCUGACAGAGUUUCGAAUUGAAGAAUAACCCUGCCCUACUUUACUUCUGUAUCCGGUCUGUCAAGGCUGCCAGUGGGGUUGCUAAAUGCCCCGAAGUUUAUCCACAAAUGUUGAUGUUGCCAGUGUUCGGAGGGUCCUUCCUUCAUGUUGUAUGGUGAAACAGUGAUAUCCUGGGUUGCUCAUCAAGUUCUGUGAGACCGUUUGUUACCUUGUUAUAAAGUUGCUAAAACGGUUCUUUUUAGAUCCUGUCUAGUUUUUGGAUCAAGACAAUAAAAUUAUUUUAUGAAAAUCAGAAUUGCAGCUCGACAAUUUGCGAUAAUACUUCUCUUGACUUGACAGGUUGACAGGUAUGGAUGCGAUCAUAUCAUGUUGUCGUAUAAAGUGAUAUUUUUAUACAGUUUGGAGGAACUGCAAAAUGUAUUUCGAUAGCCGUCUUCUAAAAGGUCAUAAGCACUUCUGACCAAUGUGGUGUCUUUCUAACAAGGGAAUAUAAGGGAAGAACAUUUUUCAAUGUGUAUUCUGUGUGAAGCAGGGAGUGAUAGCACGUUGAUUCAUUUAUGCCUCCCGGAAGUUUCCUUUGAGACCAGUGUUAUAGUUUUAAAGAAAAAAAAAGUAUACAUACGCCUGGAAUUUUCUUUGGGGCUAUUCAAAACACUAAGUGUAGUUGCAAUUCACACGGAAUCGUUCUGUUAAUUCAUACAAGUGGAGACGCUUUUGCUUGAAACUAUGAGGCUAGGUUUUUAAACAAGGAAUAAUAUUAGGAAUAGCGCAAAGCUUCCUUCCACCUCUUUGUUCAUCUAUUUCAUCUCUGCUGUAAUGCUCGUGAUGGAUGAGACGACACUCUCGACUCUGAACCACGUGAUCACCACAGACGAUGGCAACAUGUCGCAAGCCACAGCUGCGAUAGCCUCCGUCUUUCAGAUGAACCAGGCCUUGCGUAACCAAACGGUACUCGUAUCCUCACUUAUGUUCGCAAGUGGUGUAGUAGGCAACGUCCUUGCCCUCGUUCUCAUGGCCACGUCGCCCAUCGAGCAACGUCGCACGACUUUCUACAAAUUGAUGGCGGGUCUGUCCGUCACGGAUUUAUUUGGAACCUGUGCGACGUCACCGGUAGUGAUCAGUAUUUACGCCACGGGUAAACUGAUGAAAGAAGUGGGUGCUCUUUGCAACUAUUUCUCUUUUAUGAUGAUAUUCGCCGGAUUCGCGACAAUGCUGGUCGUUUGCGCGAUGGCGAUAGAGCGCUACAUCUGCGUGUGCCACCCUUACACCUACCACUGCAAGCUCCCGAAGUCAUACGCUCGAUACUCGCUGUGUGUUUCCUGGGUUUUCGCCGCCUUCAUGGCUAGUCUGCCUCUUAUGGGCUUUGGUCGUAACGCAGUCCAGUUCCCUCCAACCUGGUGCUAUCUCGAUCUACUCAGCAAACAUACGGAGGACAUCGUGUACAACUAUCUCUUCGGCAUCAUCUCGCUCUUGGCGAUUCUGUUGACCUUUUUGUGUAACUGUGUGGCUAUUGUUUCCGUCCUUUCUUUGAGGCGGCGGCAGAGAGAGCUUGGGGCAUCACAGAACGGGGGAGUCCGGAGACCGCGAAGCUUAGUACAGCGCUGUGCGGAGAUGCAUAUGGUCGUCAUGCUCAUGGGGGUUACGAUCGUCUUCACCUCCUGCUUCGGUCCUCUUAUGCUCAGGUGGAAAAUCAUUGGUAUAUUCCGAUACAUCCUCGGCAUGUCUCGCCCGACCAGCAAUAUUUAUUACCCUAACCAAGACUGUGAAAGUCCCAUCGCUCCAACAAGGAGACCAGAGCCGGAGGUGGAGUUGUCGUUCUGGAAAUUCUGUCUGCGCUGCUUGUGUGACCCUCCAGCUCAGAGAUAUUCGAGCUCAUUGGCCAGACCGAGUAUCACGUGGGCCACACAAACCAAUCGCUCGCCGUCUUACAUCAGGAGACUGCCUUCUUCGGACUCGCUUUUGAGCGGAGGGCCGGGUGGAAUAAUGAUCACCCAACCUUCCCCUUCUGAAGAACUACUUCUAGAGCGGUUGUCUAAUUCAAACAAAAAACAGAACGGGUCUGCAAAUGGAGUUCACAAGACUUAGUCGUGGGCUUUUGAUUGGUGAAUUUCACCCAAGUGUUGAUGGGAGUGACUUAAAGUCUUGAUUCUGUGAUUUGGUUGGUUAAUUUAACCAAUGCUUUUUUAUGUUUAAUUGUAAUGAGAACGGUAUCGAGUUACAAAAUGAAUAAUGUUCUGUUUUGAAAGCCCCGCCCUUGAACUGUUGGUGAAAAUCAUGUUUCCAUUUAUGUGUGUAUUUGAAAGGCAUUUGUCCUACCUCCUCAAAACCACGGUGUGUUUAUGUUGUCAUUAAAAGACGGUUGUCUGUGGUGUUUAAGUCAGGAUCAUAGCCGUGCAGGUAAACGGCAUGAGUUCCAUUUCCUAAUGGGAAGAUAUUUUAUCAAAUGUUAAUAUUUCUGUAUUACUGUCGGUACAUUGAAUCUUAUAGACUGUACUGAAGCAGCUCACCUAUUAUGAAUUCUAAACUGUUUGGACCGUGAAGUUAUACACGACAUUGUGCUGCCUUCUCUUGUUGUUGCUGUUGUUUCUUUUCUGGCAUCCUGGUUUUUUUGUGUUUUUUUGCUGAAUUUGGCUUGUUUGUUUGUUGUUGUUGUUGUUGUUGU